UUUUCUUUUCUUUUUUUUUGUCGCAUUUUUAUUGACUCCAAAGUCCACUGCCCAUGCCCACCGUGGUUCUAUUAUAUAUAAUAUACAACAUCACAAUACACGAACCCCCUUAUCAUCUUCAUCAUCAUCAUCAUCUCCUCCGCCUCUUCCAACAGAGAGAGAGAUCGCCAUGGAUGAGCUCGGGGCGAACGCGGCGAAUAGCGCGCCGUUGACGCCGCUAGGGUUUCUGGAGCGCGCGGCGUUGGUGCACGGGGAUCGGGCGUCGGUGGUGUACCGCGACACGGUCUACACCUGGGACCAGACCCUGCGCCGCUGCCUCCGCCUCGCCUCCGCCCUCGUCUCCCUCGGCAUCUCCCCCGGCGACGUCGUGUCUGUGUUGGCGCCGAACAUACCGGCGAUGUACGAGAUGCACUUCGGCGUGCCGAUGAGCGGCGCCGUGCUGAACACCAUCAACACCCGCCUCGACCCCCGCACCGUCUCCGUCCUCCUCCGCCACUCCUCCUCCAAGCUCGUCUUCGUCGACCCCCUCUCCCUCCCCAUCCUCCUCUCCGCGCUCCCCCUCCUCCCCGCCUCCCACCCCCCUCCCCUCGUCGUCCCCAUCGACGACCCCUACGAGCAGGAACAAGCCCCUCCGCUGCACUCCUUCCCCACCACCUACGAGAGGCUCCUCGAGGAGAAGGGCGACCCGGGGUUCCAGUGGGUGCGGCCGCGGAGCGAGUGGGACCCCAUGGUGCUCAACUACACCUCGGGGACGACCUCGGCGCCCAAGGGCGUGGUGCACUGCCACCGCGGCCUGUUCCUGAUCACGGUCGACUCGCUCGUGGACUGGUCUGUGCCGCCGCACCCGGUGUUCCUCUGGACGCUGCCCAUGUUCCACGCCAACGGCUGGUCCUUCCCCUGGGGCGUCGCCGCCGUCGCCGGCACCAACGUCUGCCUCCGCCACCGCUGCACCCACAUGUGCGGCGCCCCCGUCGUCCUCAACAUGCUCGCCAACUCCCCCCCCUCCCCCGACUCCGACUCCCCCGACUCCGCCCCCGUCAACGUCCUCACCGCCGGCGCGCCCCCGCCGGCCGCCGUGCUCCACCGCGCGGAGAAGCUCGGGUUCCGCGUCAGCCACGGGUACGGCCUCACGGAGACGGCGGGGCUGGCGGUGUCGUGCGCGUGGAAGGGGGAGUGGGACCGGCUCCCCGCGCUGGAGCGCGCGCGGCUGAAGGCGCGGCAGGGCGUGCGCACGCCCUGCAUGGCGGCCGUCGACGUGGUGGACGCCGCCACCGGCCGCCCCGUCCCGCGCGACGGCGCCGCCGUGGGCGAGAUCGUCCUCCGCGGCGGCUGCAUCAUGCUCGGCUACCUGAAAGACGCGGCGGCGACGGCCCAGGCGAUCCGCGGCGACGGGUGGUUCUACACGGGCGACGUCGGCGUGAUGCACCCGGACGGGUACCUGGAGAUCAAGGACCGGUCCAAGGACGUGAUCAUCAGCGGCGGGGAGAACAUCAGCAGCGUCGAGGUGGAGUCGAUCCUCUACGGGCACCCGGCGGUGGACGAGGCGGCGGUGGUCGCUCGCCCCGAUGAGUUCUGGGGGGAGACCCCCUGCGCCUUCGUCAGCCUCAAGAAGCAGCAGGAGAAGAAGCAAGAACAGCCGACAGCAGAGGAGGUGAUCGCGUGGUGCAGGGAGCGGAUGCCGCACUACAUGGUGCCGAAGACGGUGAUCUUCGAGGACGAGCUCCCGAAGACGUCCACGGGCAAGAUUCAGAAGUACGUGCUCCGCAGCAAGGCCAAGCAGAUGGGCCCCAGGACCACCAGCAGCCGUAUGUGAUGAUAUAUAUAUAUAUAUAUAUAUAUAUAUAUAUAUAUAUAUAUAUAAAAUUGAGUGGCUUUACUUGCACAAAAUAAUAAGAACCAAAAAAAGAAAAGAAAAGAAAAAAAAAGAGAGAAUACAAAUAAAUUUUACUGUCUUUUUAUAAUUAUUAAUUAUGCGACUCGCUGGAUGUAUUUUUAUUUUGAAAUUACUGGUCAUGUUUGUUUUCUUGUAAUGUAUACUUUCCCAUCAAUUUAGUAGAAUCGAGUGUAUUUGUAAGUA